ACAUAUUCCAUACUCGCGCAUUUACGGUUUUACCCUUCUUCUCGAACCCAGAAAAUUUCCUCAUAAACUCAUUUCAUCUUCCUGCCUACUUCCUUCCAUCAUCCCAUCCAUAUUUUCUCUCUCUUGAUCCGUUUCCUUAUCUGCCUUUAUUAUUAGUAUUAGUAUUAUAUUAUAUUUGUGUGUGUGUGUGUAUCUAUAUAUAGUGAUAUAGAGAGAGAAAGAAGAGUUUAAGGAAUGAAACCGGAAUAUAUACAAGGAAAGAAAGGUAUGUUUGCAAAGCUCGAUCAAAGCAGCCACAAGUUCCAAAGCCACCACUACCACCUCCGGCAGCUUCAGCCGGAAAACGCUUUCCAAGACGCCGCCGGUGGGCUGGAAUUGAAAUCUUCCGAAGAAGGUGACAACUGUAAGAACAGUGAAGUCGUGGUGGCCCCGCAACCGAUUUCGGCUGUGGGUGGGACGCCUAGUUGUGUUAACGACGGGGCCAGCAUCGAGAUUUCCCGGCGCCCCCGCGGGCGGCCGCCGGGGUCGAAGAACAAGCCCAAGCCGCCGGUGGUGAUAACUCUUGACGCCGGGCCUUCCAUGAGCCCUUACGUACUCGAAUUACCCGGCGGGGUUGACUUGAUCGGUUCCGUUACUAGGUUUUGCCGGAAGCGGGAUAUGGGGCUUUGUGUCCUGAGCGGGUCGGGUACGGUUUCCGACGUCACUCUCCGGCAGCCCUCCACCGCGCCCGGUCCCAACAUUAUCUUCCAUGGCCGUUUCGAUAUUCUGUCUAUUUCCGCUACGAUUCUGAACCCAAACGUGAAUUUUUCUGGCGUAACUUCGAGACCCGAAGAUUUCACGAUAGCAUUAGCCGGACCGCAGGGGCAGGUGGUGGGUGGGCCGGUGGUUGGACCGUUGACCACGGCCGGGCCGGUGUACCUGAUCGCCGCCACCUUUAACAAUCCUUUGCAUCACAGGCUGCCGGUGGAUGAGGAGGGCAAGAAUUGUGGUGGAGGAAAUGAGAGCGGCCUCCAGUCUUCCGGCGGGGAGGAGAGCGGCGGCGCUACGGAGCCGCGCGGGCUAUCGUCGACGUUUAACUGUCAAAUGGCGUCGGAUGUGAUAUGGGCGCCAACGGCUAGACAAGCUCCGCCACCCUACUAAAAUGCGCCCAAGUUUAAUUUGGCCGUGGAUAAGCUAGUAUUGGGUUUUGCUAGUUUAAUUAGCUUGACUUUUCAAGUCUUGAUCGAGUUUGUAUCUUAAAAGUAUAUACUUUUGGCUAUGUCUAGUAACUUAGAUUUAUGGCUCGGAAUGGUUAUCUUUUUGCUAGUUUGAAUAUUUGCAUUUAAAUUUAAACCCUAAAACAAAUUAAUGUACUGGUUGGAUGGUUUGAAA